AUGUUUCAGUGUCCUUUGUGCGGCAAAGGUGGAUUCAAAGACGAGGUUGCUGUAGCCUGUCAUAUGAAUCAGCCUCGCUCAGGAUGCAGCACCUGGCUACAGGAUAUGAUACAGUUGGAGUCUGCGCGAACUGAGUCUAUGAACGUUGAUAGCAAUGAGCUCAAUAUUCUGGAUGAUCAUCUCCAUCUCGCAAACACGUACGAAGAACAUGACAGAUCUGGAGGCUGGGGUGAGGAUACUGGACAUGACAUUGAUUCAAAUGAGGGUGGUUCUAUGGUCAAUGAAGAAGGAACAUUACUGACUGGCGACUUCAUUGACUGGUUCCCCGGAGCUUCUCAAACGUAUGGCACAGGUCAUACUUUCCUUGACUUGUUCAACUCAGAUGAGAACAGUGUGCACCGUGCAACAAAUCUUUACUAUCCAUUCAGUGGCCAGAAAGAUUGGGAACUUGCAUCAUGGCUACUUCAUUCGGGAUUAAGCAUGGGGAAGAUAGAUAGCUUUUUGUCACUUGAGAUAAUUCAGGGUCUUCCUCUGUCGUUCUCAUUGGCCAAGGAACUGCGAGGCAGAGCAGAAAUGUUGCCGAGUGGUCCAUGCUGGAUGUCUCAAGUAAUUGAGACAACGUGUCCGACAAAAACACCGGUCGUCUUAUAUUGGUGCGACCCGUUGGAUUGUAUCUCCAGUAUUCUUAACCAUCCAUCCUUUCACGACCGGUUAGACUUUAUGCCUCGCAAGGUGUAUACCAUGGUGCAGCAGCAGUGCUGUGUGUACUCCGAAUGGAUGACAGGAGAUGAUGCAUGGAAGAUGCAGACAUCAUCUAAUUCUUGCGUGCUCACUGCCCUGCUCCCUGUACUGAAAUUCCUUCAUAAAAAUAAACAUAUGUGCGGUAUGCUAGGGGAUCGUCUAGUCCAUCAAUGCCUGGACAUCAUUUUAGAGCCGCUAAAGCUGGCUGCUCGUGAGGGAAUUAUGCUGUCAGAUCCUGUUGGUUCAAUGACACUCGCACAAAUAGCUGCUGUCUGGAGCAAGGUCAAUUCCAAUGAUAUUGAAGCUUUCUUUCGUGAAGCACAGAGGUUUCGUCUAAAUGGUUUCUACGACCACGACCUCAAGUGGAUCAUAUGUGCAGUCGGGGAAGCAGAGAUUGAUUUCCGCUUCUCAGCAUUGCAGCCUGUGACAGGGUUUCACCAUUUCCAUGGCGGCAUUUCAAAGCUAAAGCAGGUCACAGGGCAUGCCCAAUGUGACAUCCAGCGCUCAAUUAUUGUAGUCAGUGCAGAUGCAGGGCCCAGUGCUGUGAUGACAGCUAUACAAGCUCCGACAGACUUCUGUUAUCUCGUGCAGUCACCACAGAUAGACGAUCACAAUAUUGAGCGUAUUUCCGCAGCGCUGGCUGAAUUUCACGCUAACAAACAUGCAAUCACAGCUGCUGGGCUUUGUCGUGGACAACACAACAAGCCUAUCGAUAACUGGUACAUACCAAAGAUAGAGCUUAUGCACAAUAUAGUUCCCAGUAUACGCAACACCGGCGUCACCAUGCAGUGGAGUGCAGACGCUAAGGAGCACGCACAUAUCACUGAGAUAAAAGAUCCUGCACAGUCAAGUAACAACAACAAUUACGAUUCACAAAUCUGUUGUCACCUUGAUCGUGCAGAUAAAUGUCGUCGCUUUGAUCUCGCAACAAGUCUAUUAGACUUGAGACUACGAACCAGCCUAGAUCAACACCUCAACGUUGAUGACGUCAUUGAUUUUGAUGUCGAUGGCAAUGACGACGACAGUGAUCUCCCUGCAGACCUCUUGGCCAUGGUCAAGUGCCCUGGAUAUGCACGUCCAAUCACUGACUACUUUACAAUGUCAAAGGUUCUUCGACACAGGGAGGUAGGGACAGUCCCUCUACCAUUGCGCACCUUCAUUGUUGGACGUAUGGCCUUUUAUCUCACCUACAGCCCAUCAAUCAGGGCCAUCUCCAUUGAUGAUGCUGCUCUUAGAUUUGGCCUUCCUGACUUACGACCAGCCAUCGCUGACUUCCUUCGUCGUGAAGAUAUCCACAAAUAUGGUCAUGAUACAGAAUUUCAUGAUACCACCAGUGUGCGGCCUGCACAGACCCUGAACUGUGCACCAUCUUCUGAAAUUUGGCCAUUUGGUCGGUAUGACACUGUUAUUGUCAAUAAUGAGGAAGGGCACUCAUGGCCUGCCGAUGGUCUUCAUGGUCAUGUUGUCGCUCAAAUGAGGCUUAUUCUAUGUCCAAUUAGAAAGACAGGCACACAGGGGACUUGGAAGAAUCGCUUCCUCACUUACAUGCAACACUUUAACAAUAGCGAGCGCAAACCAGCUAUGCAGCUACAAGUGCUCAAGAGGGCGAAACGGUCAAACGGGGCUCGCAUUGGUGAUGUGAUACCAGUCACUCAGCUCAGAGCGCCUGUUAAUGUUGUCCCUCGCUUUGGUGCAAGUGCAGACCCUCAUCUCACUCAAUAUAACAGUAUGGAGCACGCAUCAGAAUUCUGGCUCAAUAAGUAUUGGGACAAAAAAAUAUUUUUCCCUCUUUCAAUGUAG